AUGGAAAGAUCACUUGAGGGUACCAGAAUGGAAAACAGCACCUCUUCCUGCUUUCUCAUGGAAAGAAAGACUCAUGUCAAGAUUAAUAGGAAAGAAGUCAUGCUAGCUAAGCUGAGAAAGAGUUGCACCUGCACCCCACAGAAGCUGAAGAACUUUGUUAUGGACUUCCUUCCUGUUUUACGAUGGCUUCCCAAGUACCAGUGCAAAGAGUACAUUUGGGGAGAUGUUAUGUCUGGGUUAGUGAUUGGGAUCAUUUUGGUGCCUCAAGCAAUUGCAUACUCACUACUAGCAGGUCUGAAGCCCAUUUAUAGUCUUUACACAUCGUUCUUCGCCAACAUCAUCUAUUUCUUAAUGGGCACAUCCCGGCAUGUCUCAGUUGGCAUUUUCAGUUUGAUAAGCUUAAUGGUAGGACAAGUUGUAGACAGAGAACUUCUCUUGGCUGGAUUUGACUUGAAUGAUGAUGCCCCACCAGCUUUGGGUGAUGGCUCGCUGCAGAAUGACAGUCUGUCCAACACAACUGCCUUCAACCUUACAAUUGCAGGGAUAAACGCUGAGUGUGGGAAGGAAUGCUACGCUAUUGGCAUUGCUACAGCCUUGACAUUUGUGGCUGGAGUGUAUCAGGUUCUAAUGGGGAUAUUCCGUCUGGGUUUUGUAUCAAUGUACCUAUCUGAGUCGGUACUAGAUGGCUUUGCAACUGGUGCUUCCUUAACCAUUUUAACAGCUCAAGUGAAGUAUCUGGUUGGAAUAAAAAUUCCACGUAGCCAAGGACAUGGGAUGCUUGUUAUUACCUGGAUUAACAUUUUCCGUAACAUUUCUCAGGCUAACCUUUGUGAUGUCAUCACAAGUGCCAUUUCUAUCACGGUGCUGGUCACUGCUAAGGAACUGGGAGAUCGGUAUAAGCACAAACUGAAAUUUCCUCUUCCCACAGAGCUGGUAGUUAUUGUUGUGGCAACACUAGUGUCACACUAUGGGAAGUUAAAUGAAGUGUAUGCAUCCAGUGUUUCUGGAGCUAUUCCAACAGGAUUUAUUCCCCCAAAGGUACCACAGUUCAACUUAAUGCUCCGAGUUGCUGUAGAUGCUUUGCCUCUUGCCAUAGUCAGUUUUGUCUUCACUGUAUCCCUUUCUGAAAUGUUUGCAAAGAAAUACUCUUACACCAUUCGAGCCAAUCAGGAAAUGUUUGCUGUGGGGUUCUGCAACAUCAUUCCUUCUUUCUUCCACUCCUUUGCAACCAGUGCAGCUCUGGCAAAAACACUCGUCAAAACAUCUACAGGCUGUCAAACUCAAGUCUCUGGAGUAAUUAGUGCAAUGGUAGUUUUGCUGGUGCUGCUCUUCCUGGCACCUCUCUUCUACUCCUUGCAGAAGUGUGUCCUGGCUUGUAUUAUCAUUGUCAGCCUCCGAGGAGCCCUGAGGAAGUUCCGAGAUGUGCCAGCCCGGUACCAUAUGAAUAAGGUGGACACACUUGUUUGGGUGGUUACCAUGUCUGCCUCUGCCUUGAUCAGCACAGAAAUAGGGCUGUUGGUUGGCAUUGUUUUCUCCAUGCUAUGCAUCAUUGGUCAGACACAGCGGCCACGGACAACCCUGCUUGGCCAGAUUCAAGACACAAGUUUCUAUGAGGAUGACUUAGAAUAUGAAAAUCUCUCUACUGUUCCAAAGGUCAAAAUAUUCCGUUUUGAGGCCCCGCUCUACUAUGCAAAUAGAAACUACUUCCUAAAGUCUCUGUACAGACUGACCAACUUAGAUCCUAACCUAGAAGCUGCUAGAAGGAAGAAAUACGAGAAGAAAGAAAAACAGCAUCUGAAAAAGGGAAAUCACAGAACUGCUAAUGGGCUGGGCACCAGAGAAACCACUUUGCAACUAGUUCCUAAGCAAAUCGAUUUCCAAGCCCUUGUUGUAGAUUGCUCUUCCAUCUCAUUUCUGGACACCACUGGAGUUACUACUCUCAAGGAAAUCCUGAAAGACUACAAGAACUUAAACAUUUCUGUUCUCCUGGCUUGCUGUAAUCCCUCAGUGAUAGACUCUCUGAAAAGAGGAGGUUACUUUGGAAGAGAUUUUGGAAGUAUGCAGGAAAUGCUGUUCUACAGUAUACAUAAUGCUGUGCUGUUUGCAAAAGACCAAAAGCUUUCGGCAGAUUGCUCAUUUUAA